AUGGCGGGCUUCGGUGCGGGAGGGAGACUGUUUGGGUCCGAGCUCGUACUGGGCCUGAUCCUGAAGCGGUACCGGUGGAUGAGCGUGGCGCUCUUCCACCGUCUGUUUGCGCUCGCGCGGCUGCUGCUCGUGCUCGUGAUAGAAGCCGUGAUGAGCGUCAGUGCGGCGGAGGACGCCACCCAAGGGUGUCGCUGCGGACUGUUCCUGAUGAAGACUGUGGUGGUAGUUUUAAGCUUCUGCCACAUGUUCUCUGCGGUGGCAGUAGUGGAGCUCCUCCUGCUGGCCGGGGGUUUGGCCACAGCCUUGGUCUCCGUGAUCCUGAAUUACUACAUGGUCUCUGGCUGGGACCUCCUCCCUGGCUGGGACCUCCUCCCUGGCUGGGACCUCCUCCCUGGCUGGGACCUCCUCCCUGGCUGCUGGGACCUCCUCCAAGGCUGCUGGGACCUCCUCCAAGGCUGCUGGGACCUCCUCCAAGGCUGCUGGGACCUCCUCCAAGGCUGCUGGGACCUCCUCCAAAGCUUGGUCUUCCACCAGGUCUCGGGCCUGGGCUGGGUGUGGGUGCGCCUGGGCAUGCUGCAGCUCCUCCUGGGCCUCACCUUCUGUCACCUGGUUGUGGUGGAGGCGUGGGCCUCCUGGGUUCAGCUGGGGAUGGUGCUUCCUGUGUUCCUCCGGUUCCUGGGGGUUCCUCUUCUCCCUCAGCUGGUCCUCCUCCUGCUGGUCCUCCUCCUGGUCCUGAUCAUGUGGAACCAGAUAAAAUUCAUGGUGUGCCAAACUAAAUGGUUCGAUGUUGAACUAGACCUGACGGCCGUGAGACGUUACUUUAUUCUCCGGAUUUUGGUCAAAGCUCCGAUCCAUCUCUACAGCCUACAGGUAGGGGGCGCUGCAGGAGAGGGCCUCAGGUGGGAGGGGUUAAGGUCCUCAGCCUCUUGUCUCCUCAGGUGGGGGGGUGGAGCUGGUCUGGGCUCGGUGACGUCUUGGCCGAGCUCCUGGUCUCCAGCUGUGAGUCUUUUCUGA